AUGCAUGAUGGUGACAAAAAAGAGGUUACUAUUGCAUCUGGCAGUGUGACCAUCAAGCCGAGCGGAAACACGCAGACAUGGACUGUGAAGGCGGAUCUGGACCCGAAGACCUGCCAGGCGUUGAUUGACUUCAACGUCCCCGGAAAGCCAAAUCCGCCUCCCGUAAAACUGCUGAUGACCUACUGGUCAGCCAUAGGCGAUGAAGCAUCGACGGCCCAAGAGAAGGCCACAUUCGAGUUCACAGAUCCCAGCGGAAAGCUUGCCUCCUCGCAGACGCCGCUGAACUCCUGGCUUUCGCUGGGUACUCCGAAACAGGUCGAGCAAUCGGUUUGCCCAGAGAGCCUGACUGCUGUAUACUUGGACAUGCACGAUGGCGACAAGAAGGCUGUGGACAUUCAGCAGGGCAAGAUGACCAUCCGACCUAGCGGCAACAAUCAAACCUGGGUUGUGAAAGCGGAUGUUGAUGACAAGUGCAUUGCAGAAGUCGACUUCAACGUGCCAGGCAAGCCCUCCCCACCGCCGGUCCCUUUGCAGUUGAAGCUCUGGCGACUGUUCAGUGGCGUGCUGGUUGCACAGCAACGGGGCAAAGACGUCCUUCGAAUUUACCGAUCCAAGCGGCACAAUAGCGCAUCCUGGUAUGCCCUUGAACGCCUGGCUGGAGCAAGACAGCAGUUUUCAGCAGCAAAGGAUGUUGUGCGUGCCAGGGAGCAGGACCCGAUUUGGAGUAUUUGGAUUUUUUGGGCACUCUGCGGUGCUGAAGAAGAUAGGCAGCUGGCCACACGACUGGCACCAAACCUGGCUCUCGGGCAGCCGGUGGUCCUCUCCUCCACUGCCCAGUGGCUGCUCCGGUUCGUCUCGGAUGAUGGCACAGAGACCUGGACUGGUGAUGGUUUUCGUGCCACAGACGGCGACUUUGGCACCGCCUUUUUCUUCGGCAUGGGUCCUCUGGACAUCCGCCUGGGCAAUGCCAUCAUCACCUGGCGAGAAAACCUGGUCUGUGCUGAAGCUGUGCAGCUGGACAGACUGAGACAGCCCAAUAUGUUCAACUGCUUGGCUUCAGGCCGCUAUCUCUGGCUGGUGCUGCGAGUGACCGGGACAAUGGUCGCGCCGCUGUCGGUCUGCGAAGUUGAGGUCACCCCGAAGGGGCCGUCCGGCAACCGGCACAUUCUGCAGACAGCUGGCGGCAUGUGGCCUUUGCAGCUGCAAGGCGUCGCACUUGCUCCGCACGACCGCAUUCGCAUUGUGGCGGACACGGUGCUUUGCGGACUCGCAGGCAGUGCCACCAUGCAUGACGACGUUCUGAGACUGACUGCGCCAAUGGGACAGCGCGCUCACGGAGACUCCUCGUCAGAGACAUGGGAGAACAUCCAGAUAAAUCGUAUGGGUAUCUACAAAGUCUGCUGGUGCGGUGGGGACGGAGACUGCACCCAAGAUGAGCAUUUCUCAAUGCACGUGGCCACGCUGGUCAUAAAUGGUCUUGGCACUAAUGCGGGAAACACUGGCGCUAGCAAUGGCCGUGCUAGCACCACCGAUGGUGAAGGGGAUCCUGGAGUCUUGACUCCUUUGAGCGACCCUUACGGAAUAGCCAUCUCCAAUCAGCGUGCGUUCUUUACUGAGCGGGGCUCACAUAUGUUGCGCUACCUGGACAUUGAGCAAGGUCGCGUCUAUCGGCUUGCAGGACAGUUCUUCCCUGGCACGAGAGGGGACUAUGGCUCUGCCAUCAAUGCACAGCUCUCGUCCCCAAUGGGCCUCGCCUUGAAUCGGGAUCAAACGUCACUGUUCAUCGCGGACUACGGCAGUGACCGUGUUCGACGGAUUGAGUUGACGAGGGACCCACUCAAUCGAGGCAUCAUUGAGACCAUAGCGGGCAAUGGCUUCCGCGGUUUCUCCGGAGACGGUGGGCCUGCGCUUGAGGCGCAGCUCAAUGGUCCCACUGGUGUUGCUGUAGACCUGAAUCAGAUGCUGUGGAUCUGCGAUAGUGGCAACAACGUUCUCCGCGUUGUGUCCAUGGAGAUUCCAGUCAGGAUUCCAGGCACCAACGAGUUCCAAUCCAAUGUGAUCCUCACCGCUGCAGGGGGAUCUUCUGGCCAAGCCCAGGGGAAGGGCGAUGGUGGUGUUGCCUGGCUGGCGCGACUGCAGACGCCGUCCGGGGUUGCUGUGUCGUCAGCCUUUGUCAGCAACGAGGACGGCACUUUGCCGGUCAAUGUCUACAUCUCUGAAAGCUCUGGCCAGCAGGUACGGUCCAUGUCGCUGGAGUUCCAGAGCUAUCUCGGGGUCAUCAACACGCUUGCUGGCUCGGGUCAGCAGGGUGACAACAUCAAGGAGGCGGCACCGCUUGAAGCCCCCAAUGCCGAGCUCUCCAACCCCACGGGUGUGGCCACAGAUGCAGGGGUGGUCUACCUGAGCGACUCUGGGAACCAUCGGCUGUUGAUGAUGCCUGCCUUGGAAUACGUCUCCAUGGGCUGCUGGCGCGAGAACAUUGAGUCGCCAUGGAUUCCAAGCAUUGAAGGGCAGCCGCUUCCCUACGGCAUCGACUAUCUGCAGGGCAUCCCCGAGAAUAGGCCGGCCGCCAUCACGGCGUGUGCGUUGGCGACAAUGCGCCUCGGAUACGAGGUCUUCGCCAUUCGCCAGAUGGGGCUGUGCGCAACCUCGAAGGACGCUUAUGGUAGGCAUGUAGGGGUGCAGGUCUCGAAUUUCACGGGUCAACGAGGCCACAAGAAAUGUCAGGAACACAUGGCUGGUGGCAGCGGUUCGCUUACCUGA